AUGUCAGAAUGGCUUCAAAAGGACGCAUUGACUGGUACCAAUUUAACAAUACCAGCGACCAAGGAUCCGAAAGUGACCACGGUGUGGUCUGUAGCUGUUUCCAUAUACUGUGUGGGGGGGAUGAUAGGGGGGGUCAUUACAGGGCUAGUGGCUGACAGAUUGGGUCGUAAAGGUGGAUUGAUGUGGAACAAUGUUCUUGUGUUCUUGGGAGCUGGCUUACAAGGUUUCUCCAAGAUGGCGAAUUCUUCAGAAAUGUUAAUCGUUGGCCGGUUAUUCAUUGGCGUCAACAACGGACUAAAUGCUGGUUUAGCUCCGAUGUAUUUGGCCGAAAUAUCACCCGUGUCAUUGCGUGGUUCUAUCGGAACAGUCUACCAGCUGGUGAUCACAAUGACAAUACUCCUGUCGCAAGUUCUGGGCUUGGAAACAGUGCUGGGCACACCUUCUGGGUGGCCAUGGCUUUUCGCCGUUACUGCCAUACCAGCGGUUGUGCAGCUGUGCACAUUGCCGCUGUGCCCAGAAUCACCCAAGUAUUUGCUGCUGAAUAAGGGCGCAGAACUGCACGCCCAGAGAGCUCUCAAUUGGCUUCGAGGCGACGUAGCCGUUCACGGCGAAAUGGAAGAAAUGCAUCAGGAAGCAGAAAAGAAUAAAGUGAGCAAGAAAGUGACUCUCCGUGAGUUGUUCGCCAACGGUCAGCUUCGGCAGCCCCUCAUCAUGGCGAUAGUCGUGAUGAUUGCCCAGCAGCUGUCUGGCAUCAACGCUGUCAUGUUCUUCUCAACGUAUAUCUUCACGCAGGCCAAUCUGAAUGAAAUGCAGAGUCAAUACGCAACGUUAGGUAUGGGCGGCAUGAACGUGGUAAUGACUGUAAUAAGUCUACUGCUUGUUGAGAUCGCCGGCAGGAAGACACUGCUACUCGUCGGUUUUAUGGGAAUGUUCAUAUGCACCGUCGGUCUAUGCGUCGCUAGCACAUAUACGGAGUAUUACCCGUGGGUGUCGUUCCUGUGUAUCGGCCUGGUGAUUCUGUUUGUCGUCACGUUCGCAGUAGGACCUGGAUCAAUACCCUGGUUCCUUGUUACUGAACUGUUCAACCAAUCAGCGCGGCCGGCGGCGUCAUCUGUCGCUGUCACUGUCAACUGGACAGCUAAUUUCAUCGUUAGCCUUAGUUUCCUGCCGCUCUUUACCAUUUUGAAGGCUAAUGUUUUUAUAGUAUUUGCCGUUUUCCAAGUUAUCUUUAUUCUCUUUAUCUGGAAGAAAAUACCUGAAACGAAGAACAAGACUGUCGAAGAAAUAACUGCUAUGUUUAGGCAACAACUUUAGUACCUAUUAUAUAUAUUUCAAAAUGACAAUUAGAUCUGAAUUUCCAAGAUGGCGUCCAAGCGUUCUAUUACUAAUCGACGUCAUAUUGAAAUUUUUUCUAAUCCAUAAUGUUUAAUAUGUAAGAUCACUUCUUGAUUGUGCAUUUCUUUAUAUUAUGCGGAGUGAAAAUAGAAAGAGUUAUCAUUCUUUCUCACUCAAACCCUUAUUGCUAACCAUACACAUGUGGCAAUACUACGUACUAUAAUAAUCAGUUUUAAAUUAUAAGCAAACAGAAUCUUAAGGUCAAAAUCGAAGAGAGGAAAUCCGAAAGCUAGUAUUUUUCUUACUAACUGUACUACUGUAAGUUGUUGCAAGUACAAGUUAGAUUAUUACUAGCCUUAUAUCGACGGCUACAAGCACAACCCAUACUGAGCCGAGCUGGCAACGCCGCAGUGGUCCUAUGCAAAAAUUAAUUACAUUAUUUUCCUUUUUGCGAUAUUUGGUUGUUGAUGUCUUCCGACCGAAAUGGUUGUUUGGUUGAAAAUACAAAUUGACCGGAAGUUUAUUUUAUUGCGUAAAAGAGUAACUAACAUCCUCACAAACUUUCGGAUUUAUAAUAUUAAAGUUAGAUAGGACCACUCAUUUUAAAAUUGCGACGUUGCCAAACUUAUUAGCACGGCUUGUAUCAACAAUAAUAAUAGGCUUUGCUACAGCACAUUAAGACUUAGCUUGGUGGUCCAAUCAAGAACAAGUGGAAGAACCUCCAGUCAGUCCUAUUCUUCGCGGUGGUCUUAAGCUUAAAAUAGCACUUUAUUACGUCUGUUUAACGUCUAUGCAACAUGUUACGCUUAAAACGGAAUCAAUUAGAUGUAAGCAAAGAGUUUUUAAUAGUUUUGUACCGACAGAUGUUUCAGUCUGUAGCUCAAAUAUACAGCAAACCCCAUAGUAAAAUCUCUCAAUCCAUAGAUUACAGACUAGGUAUACUUUUACUUAAUAUUUUAUUGUAGAAUGUAGAUUAAAAAAGAAAGAAAUUAUAAAAUGUACUAUUAUUGUAAAAGGUUUAUUUGUGUAUGUCAAAUAAUGUAAUUUAUUUGUUUAUUUAAAUGAAAUAAUGUUCUAAUUGACAGAAAAAUGUAUGGCCAGUUUUUUUGUCAUUUUUAAAAUGUAUUUCUUGCUCAGAAUAAAAAUAUCUUUAAAGUAUUGAUGUAGGUAAAAUACUUAAGUAGUAGCGUUCAUUGAAAAAUAUUUGAUUCUAUUUUAAAUAACCUUUAUAUUAUACUGUAUUUAGUUAUGUUUUAAUUUUAUUUUAGUUGUAGAUCUGACUAAACAUUUAAUAUUUUUUUUUAAAUAAACGAUAUACCUUAUAACAAAA